AUGGUUACUUUGCGACCAACAACUGACUUGUUAAGUAAUGUUAUAUGCAUAUACAUAUGUUGCCUUAUUAAUAAAUUGAUUAAUCCGCCACUGAAGUUCCAAAGACGCGCCAAGUGCAAAAUGUGGAAAAAAUGGCAGCUCUUUUACGCUACGGACUUUCAAUCGUUAAUGUAUCCCUGCUUCGUCUUCUGCAACGUUCUCGGAACAUUUCCGUAUAGGAUUAACGCUUCGAUCAUCGAAACUUCAAAACAGCGCUACAUUCUGCCGACCGUCGUUCUUUGUGUCUUCUGUAUUUACGAACUAGUAGUGCUCUAUAUGAUUAAUAUUGCUGGAGCAAUAAAAUUCAGAGACAUGCCUAAGACUCUCGAGAGUAACUGCUUUCACGUACUCGGUAUUUUUAUCGUGAUUGUUACAUAUAUUUCGAGCGGUACUCGAAUGCAUUUGCUUCAAACCAUAAUAAAUGUCUCUUCAAAACUGCCCCUCAAUUCAUAUCAAAAACUAUCUAGACUGAUCCACACCAAGGACAUUUUAAGUUUCUUCUUUCUAGUUACGAUAACGGUGUAUUAUUAUUCUAACUUAAAUUUUGAUAGCUGGUACAAAUUUCUUGUACCGUAUAUUUUUGUGCUGGUGUUUCAAAUGGAUAUGUUAUAUAUGAAUUUGGUUUGCAUAUUAAAGACCUGUUUCAAGAGAAUCGACGACAAUCUGAUAAAUCUGCGGGAGCUCGUCGUAAACGAUGAGCCUCAUCUUUUGUGGCGGAUCUAUCAUAAGCAUAAAAAUCCAUCCCUGUUAAUGGAACUCAAAGCUUUAAAGAAGCAGCAUCUGACGAUCAGCGACGCAGUACAAAUGCUAAACAUGAUUUUCAGUUUGCAGCUCCUGGCUACUAUAAUUAUGACUUUUGCCGAGCUUACUUUUCAACUGUACUUCUACAUAGUACAUUGGAAAACUGGCAUGAUAAUGAACGAUCUGGGCGAUCUGAUUCACGAUCUGUUUUCAAUAAUGACUAUAACGUAUUACGCUGUAAAAAUAACGUUGAUAGUAUGGGCCUGUGAGACCGGUAAAGACCAGGCCAUGAAGAUCGGCAUGACCGUUCACAAUUUGCUUAAUAAUUCUUCAGAUGAACAAAUCAAAGACGAGUUGCAGCUGUUUUCCUUGCAAAUACUGGACUGCGAAAAUGCGUUUGCCGCGAAAGGUCUCAUUGUGGAUGCUACUCUUCUCACUGCAAUAGUGAGUAACAUAACUACGUAUCUACUGAUCUUAAUACAAUUCUUAAUUACCUCACAUACUUGCAAUGGAAAUAUAGUAAAUAAUGUCACACAGAUAAUUUAA